UCCACCCUCCAGUUUCCUGCCAGGGAAAUGAAACUGGUCCGAAGGAGGAGAAACAGAAAGCCAGUGAGCAAUCUGGGCUUUAGUGGAGGGUUGCAUUGAAAGUCCACUCCACUGCUCUGGCCAUGGGCUCUCUCGGCUCCUUCGGAUCGUGGCAGCUGGACAAGUUCCACAAUGACUACCUGCAGCCCAGCGAGGAGUUUCUGAAAAAGGCACGGCGAGCCAUCCACUCCAUCUGCGAGUUUCUUAAGGCGACCUGCUUCCAGGAUAGGCCCAGGAGAGAUAUUAAGGUGCUGAAGGUGGUGAAGGGCGGAUCGCUGGGGAAAGGCACAUCCAUGAAAAACGGGUCAGAUGCUGAUCUGGUGCUGUUCUUGAACAUCUUCAAAAGUUUCACAGACCAGGAAAACAAUCGGAAGGUGAUCAUUCAGGAGAUCGAAAGGCGGCUCGACGAAUGCCAGGAGUUGCUGAAUCUGGAAGUUUUCUUUGAGAAGUCCAAGUGGUCCAAUCCUCGUGUGCUCCAAUUCGAGUUAUAUUCAAAAGAGUCACAGGAUUCCAUUGAAUUUGAUGUCCUGCCAGCCUACGAUGCCCUAGAGGAGCAGGGAGGAUCGCUGGGGAAAGGCACAUCCAUGAAAAACGGGUCAGAUGCUGAUCUGGUGCUGUUCUUGAACACCUUCGAAAGUUUCACAGACCAGGAAAACAAUCGGAUGGAGAUCAUUCAGGAGAUCGAAAGGCGGCUCGAUGAAUGCCAGGAGUUGCUGAAUCUGGAAGUUUUCUUUAAGAAGUCCAAGUGGUCCAAUCCUCGUGUGCUCCAAUUCGAGUUAUAUUCAAAAGAGUCACAGGAUUCCAUUGAAUUUGAUGUCCUGCCAGCCUACGAUGCCCUAGGCCAAUAUAACGGCUCCAGGCCUCAUCCUCAGACCUACGUCGAUCUGAUACGCACGGGCAAAAGUAGCGAGUUCUCUUCCUGCUUCACGGAGCUGCAAAAGGAUUUCAUAGUGGACCGGCCCACCAAGCUGAAGAGCCUCAUCCGCCUUGUGAAACAAUGGUACAAAGAGGUUGAGGAGAAGUCAUUCCCCCCGAAGUAUGCCCUUGAGCUACUAACUGUCUACGCCUGGGAGCAAGGAAGUGGACAGGAGCAGUUCGACACGGCAAAGGGUUUCCGGACAGUGCUUUGGCUCAUUGAGAACUAUACGCAGAUUCGCAUCUAUUGGACAAAAUACUAUAAUUUUGACAAUGAGAUCAUCAAGCGGUAUUUACAGGACCAACUCAGUAAAAACAGGCCAGUGAUCCUCGAUCCAGCAGAUCCAACUGCCAACUUCGGAGAGGCAAAAGGCUGGGAUCGACUUGCCGGAAAGGCGAAAUUUUACGCUUCCAUGAAUUGCUGUCAGAAACGAGAUGGUUCUUUGGUUGAACCCUGGAAUGUGCCGGGUUUCCUGCUUUGGGAAGGCGGGGGUUGGAAUAGAGGUCCAAGGUCCAUUCCAACUCUGUUAGCCUGUCUUCAUCGGACAACAUCAGCAGGAAGGCGCCUCCUCCAGCCGUCCCUUUUCCAGCCUCUUCUCGGCCCUCCAAGCGCUGCCAGCUCCACAACUCUGUUUCCUGCAAUUGAGCAGAGGUUAAAUUGCCUUGGAAGUCCACUCUUGCGUCUGGCCAUGGACUCUCUCGGCCACGUCGAGUCGUGGCAGCUGGACAAAUUCCACGCUGACCACCUGCAGCCCAACAAGGUGUUUCUCAAAAGGGCCGGCGAGGAGAUCGACCGCAUCUGCGACUUUCUCAAGAGGCGCUGCUUCCAGGAGGUGCCCUGGAGUGGAAUUAAAGUGGUGAAGGUGGUGAAGCUUGUCUUUUCUGCAAUCAAUCCUAGGAAUCCUCCCAUUCAAAUAGAGCAAUUAAACUCUGGAGAGGUCAUGAGACGCAUUAUCCCGUGGGCAAGGAAGACCCUGAAUGUCAAGGGCCCUGGGGAAAAAUAUAUUAUAUCAGGAAAGGUGUUCUUGGGAGGAUCGCUGGGGAAAGGCACAUCCAUGAAAAACGGGACAGCUGAUCUGGAGCUGUUCUUGAACAUCUCCAGAAGUUACACAGACCAGGAAAAGGAUCGGAAGAAGAUCAUCGAGGAGAUCGAAAGGUGGCUCAAGAUAGGGCGUUUGUCAGGUGCCGUACAGAUGCUGUUCUUAGAGCUCAUCCAAAUUUACAAAGACCAGGAAAAGGAGCGGAAGAUGUUCACUGAGGAGGCUGCAAGGCGGGUUGACGAAUGGCAGAAGCAGCCGUAUUUGUCCGAUGCCGACCUGGAUCUGUUCUCGAACAUCUUCAAAAGUUACGCUGACCAGGAGAACAAUUGGAAGAAGUUCACCGGGGCGAUUGGAAGGAAGCUCAACGGAUGGUUUUUCUCACAUACCGACUGGGCGCUGUUAUUGGAUCUCAUCAAAAGUUACACCGACAAAGAAAAGGAUCGGAAGACGAUCAUGGAGGAGACCAAAAGGCGGGUCGACAAUCGGCAGAUGAAGCCGUACCUGUCAGAUGCCGACCUGGUGUUCUUCUUGAACAUCUUCAAAAGUUACCCAGACCAGGAAAAAGAUCGGAAGGGGAUCAUCGAGGAGAUCGAAAGGCGACUCGACGAAUGGCAGAAGGAGCCGUACAAGUUAGACGUUGACGUGGGGUUCUUACUGGACCUUCUCGAGAGUUACAGAGACCAGGAAAAGGAUCCGAAGGAGAUCACUCAGAGGAUUACAAUGUGGCUCCACGAAUGCAAGAAGGAGCUCUAUUUGUCAGAUGCUGACCUGGUGCCGGUCCAUAACUUCCUCGAAAGAUACUUAGAGCAGGAAAAGGAUCGGAAGACGAUCAUCAAGGAGAUUGCGAAGUGGCGGAAGGAAGGCCGGCAGGAGCCGUAUUUGUCAAAUACUGACCUGGGGUUCUUAUUGGACCUUCUCAAAAGAUACGCAGAGAAGGAAGAGGAGCAGAAGAUCAUCUUGAAGGAGAUGAAGAGGUGGUUCAACGAAUGCAAGGAGAACACGUGUUUGGAAAUUAUAUUUGAGAAGUCCAAGCGGUCCAACCCUCGGGUGCUCCAGUUCAAAUUACGUUCCAAAAAAUCAGUGGAUUUCAUUGAAUUUGAUGUCCUGCCGGCCUACGAUGCCCUAGGCCAAUAUGACGGCUCCAGGCCUCAUCCUCAGAUCUACGCCGAUCUGAUACGCACGGGCAAAAGUGGCGAGUUCUCUUCCUGCUUCACGGAGCUGCAAAAGGAUUUCAUAGUGGACCGGCCCACCAAGCUGAAGAACCUCAUCCGCCUCGUGAAACAAUGGUACAAAGAGGUGCAAGAGAAGCCAUUCCCCCCGAAGUAUGCCCUUGAGCUACUAACUGUCUACGCCUGGGAGCAAGGAAGUGGACAGGAGCAGUUCGACACAGCAGAGGGUUUCCGGACAGUGCUUUGGCUCAUUGAGAACUAUACGCAGAUUCACAUCUAUUGGACAAAAUACUAUGAUUUUGACAAUGAGAUCAUCAAGCGGUAUUUACAGGCCCAACUCAGUAAAAACAGGCCAGUGAUCCUCGAUCCAGCAGAUCCAACCGCCAACUUCGGAGAGGCAAAAGGCUGGGAUCGGCUCGCCGGAAAGGCGAAAUUUUACGCUUCCAUGAAUUGCUGUCAGAAACGAGAUGGUUCUUUGGUUGAACCCUGGAAUGUGCCGCUGGCAAAGGAGGUGCCUUGGGGAGAAGGAUGGUCCUAUUGUACCCUAUUAUGAAGAGGCCCCGUGAGGAUCUGAAACGCUGGUAUGGAAGCAGCUGAAUGGCAAUGGCCU